AUUUCUUACGAUAGGUUGUUGUAUUUCUAGUCUAACAUAACCCUACAACUACUGGUGUACUACACUACAGCACGAGGGAAUGAUGCUUCAUCAAAUUUAUAUAUCAUAUGCAGAAGAAAGAACGAAGGACCUUGAAAAUUUCAAAUCACGGAUGCACUCAGACUUGUUUCAAAGAUAUUUCCUUGGCAUCAAUCAAGAACUUCAUGGGUUGAGACAUAUGGUUCAUAAUGGAGAUAUGCUUUAUACGUGAGGAGUAACAGAACCAAGCAACUUCCCUGAUAAUGCUGGUUAAUCAAGGAGCAGUCAAAAAUAUUGCAAUGAGAGUCUAGUGAUCAGAAUUAAAAUAAUCAAUGAUAUCAUAGUUGAUGUCGACCUGUUAAGGUAUUAGUUAUGAAAGAGUCUAUAGCAGUUGAUCUGCAAUUAGCUAAACAAAAGAUGAAUGUUAAAAGAUUCUAUAAUUAUGUUUGAUUAUAUGAUAAUGUAGAUUUUUCCCAGCUUUGUUACUGUUAUCUGUCUAGGAAUUUCAAAUUUGAUAAAAUAAGUCUCACUCGCGAUAUUAAUGUCGGAACUAAAUUUAAAAAUAUUAUUAGCGUAUAAUAGCAUAAAAGAGAUUAGUAGGAAUAUUAGGAUGUGAUGGGGAAAUUCAUUGUGACUGUUUACAAUACUCAGAAUUUGUCGUUGGAUCAAAUUCAUUACAAAAAAAAAAUAAGAAGAAGAAAUCGACAGUAAUAUUACAAACAACCCCAAUGGAAAUUACGACUUUCGUAAGAGCAGAUAUAAAAAUGAGGAUAUUUUGUUUGAAAGAGUAGAAGAGAGAAAGUAAUCUAGGAAUAAACAAAACUGAAGUAAAUAAGUAAGUAAAUAAGACUGAACGAUGACUGAACACCAAAAGAAGUACGAAGUAGCAUAAAUAUAAAAAAUUAAUAUAUAUUACAUAAAAAUAAUAUAUAUUAUAUACACAUAUAACGUAUAGGAUUAUAUUUCUACCUUAAUAAAUUAUACGUACGAAUUUUUAUACGAAUAUACACGAAACUUUAUACAAUAAAACGCGCGUUAUUUAUUAUAUUUUUUUUCAUUCCUUGCAUAUCGAUAUUCAUGAUAUGUACUGCAAGCUAUAAAAGCUAAUAAUGUAAACAAAUGUAUUUAUAAUUCGAAUUUUUUAAAAUAUUUUAUAUUUUUUUAGAAUAAGUGACUCACGGUGUCUUGCCGUUCGUUAAACGUGCGUUUCACGACGGACAUAUACAUACAUAUUUUAAAUAUAACAAUAUAUAUUGUGGUGCCGCCACGUCACCGCAAGCGACGCUCCGUCGACGCAGAUGUCUGCGUUACUCUGCCGGACGCACGGCAACGCGGCAUUUUGUUGUUACCGCGCAUCGUUGCGACAGUGCAGAGAAACUUAUCGUAGAGUAUACUUCACCGUGUAAUACUACUUCAUCGCAAGGCAUCAUGGCCGAUGAGAUUAAGAUUGAGAUAUUGAAUUUUUAAUCAAAGAAAUUAGAAAAUAUCGCGAAAUUUUUAACGUUACGAAGCUAAGAUUAUCGUGCUAAAAAUAAAAAAGAAAUAAAUAAAUAAAAUUGAAUGACAGUUUGUCAAAAAAUUUUCGAAUAAUUUUGACGAAAAAAAAGGAGGUCGAAAUAUCUGGAAGAUUCAGAUUCAUUUUCCUAAAUGACGUUAAUAAUUGUAAAAACGGUACGUGAACGUGACGCACGUCUGCAAUGUUCGUUUGCGACAACGCACCGUGCACGCUACGGCAACGUUGCGUCAAAAUAUCGUUCAUCUGUAUCGAUCCUUAUGUUAGAUUGUGGACGAACGAGCGUUAAAAGGACGUACGUUGUAAAAGUAUAUUGUCGUAUAAUAAAACCCAUUCUAUUACACAUUCUAUUAUAGGAAGUGCGUCACUGUCAACGUACAGUAAAACGUCUGAUAGUUUUAUAUCAAUGUAUUUAUGCUAGAAGUGCUGUGUACACGUACGUCCGUAGAAAACGACGUCCGUCUCAAUGGACCGUUUCAACGCUCGUGUGUCACCAAUUUACGUUGAUGAAAAAUAAACAGACGUUGAAGGUAACCCACGUUCCCAGUAUUUGAUUUAUACUAUACGAUAAUAUAUGUAUUUUUACAAUGAAUUUCGUUUCAAUAUUCCGUGUGUCUUCAGUCGUAUUUAUCCUAGAACGAACGUUGGACACGUCGCGACGCACGUUCUGUAUCGUAUACCCGUGAAUACAGCAAGUCACGCGAACGUACCGACAGUCGUCCGUUGCAUGGCAAUUGUACUGGACAGUUACUACUACUUUUAUACUUUUUAACUUGUUAUUAGUAACGAAAAACAAAAAAAAAGAAAUAAGAAGAUGGCAAAUAAUGUUGACACCGAAUUAUUAAUUAGCGAAGUAGAGAAAAGAGGUGUAAUAUGGGAUACCUCUAAUGAGUAUUAUAAGGAUAAGAAUAAAAAAAAUGCAGCGUGGGAUGAAAUAUGUUCUGGUUUAUUAAAAAAUUACAAAUCAGAAUCUCAAAUGCAGAAAAAAUUAAUUUUACAAGAUAUAAUAUCAAAAUGGAGAUCGAUUAGGGACAAUUAUGUCCGCAGCUUAAAAAAACAGGCCGAGAAUUGUAAAUCUUGUUCUGGUACAAAAAGAAUAAAACUAUAUAUUUACGGAAAACAAUUAGCAUUUUUAAAAAAAAAUAAAGAAUUGCAACAUACAGAUGGUAAUUUAGAAGAUAAUAUUCAGAAAGUGAUCCAAUAUAAAGAAAGUAAUGACACAGAAGAGGAUAUUGAAUUAAACGUACAUGGAACAUCCACUUCUAACAGCUCAGUAAUACCAACUAAAAGAAAGCGACCUGAUAUUGAACGGUCAUUGAUGGACUUAAUGUAUAUUAACAUGACGAGAAAGAAUCCAGUUGAAGAGGACGAGGAUUUGGCGUUUUUUUAUUCGUUACUUCCGUCGGUGAAAACUUUAACUGCGGAUCAAAAAUUUACUUUUCGUUUGCAAACAAUGCAAUUUUUGCAAAGUCUCAGAAAUUCAACAUACCAUACAGGACUUUAAUCUUAUGUUUAUCAGUUAAAGUCGAAAAUAAUUUCGACGUGUUCAACUGGUUCGUACUUUUCGUAAUAUUCGUCCAUAAGAAAUUUCAAAGAAUAGAUAUUUGUCGUCAGAUGGUUCACAAUUUCGACAUUUAUAUUGAAAUAAUACUUAAUCGUGUAAUAGUUAUUCUUAUCAUUGGUAACUCUAAUACCUUAUCUCUAAUGAAAAUAAACUUAUUUUAUUAUAAUCGAA